CUCGUUUGGAAUGCACCGUUUACCCAUUUCAUACAACCACAUUUUCCAUUUGACAUUAGUUCGAAAUCUCUUCUCGUUUAAAGAGUAACCGGAGGUUCCACACAAAAACAUGAGAUAUUUCAAAAAAAACAAUACAAAAAUGUUUAUUUAGUGAAUAAACGUUCAUUUAAUUUCUAGUGAUAUUUAAUUUUACGGUGAUGCCGUUUUGGACUAGUGACCGUUCAUUAUUUAUUUUUACUACAGGUGUUGUUCACAUUUUGAUUUAAAAUGGUGGAUGUGUUUACCUGUUGUGAAAUUCUAGUUUAACGUAUACGAUAUUUUAUGUGAUAUAGUGUUUAAUUAUUGAAUAUGCACGAAAAAAAUGGCAAUAAUAAUCCUCCGAAACAAAAAACGGUCGCGAUCGUCGCACCGACUAGGUCUAAUAGUUUGGAUUAUUUAAAUUUCGAAGAAAAACGUAAAUUGAUUGCUUCUUCUUUAUCUUUAUCAGAUUUUUUGACAGUUGGAAAUACUGAUACCAAAGAUUUUAAAGAUGGAGUUACUACGGUUAUUGUCGCUAAAAAACAUAAUGGAACCGCCUUUAGGACCAACAGUCUCGGUAGUGGUACGCGUAGUCCACCGGUGGAAAGAAAAAGCAAAUUUUCAAUAGGUAAAUUACUGAGGCCGUGGAAAUGGAAACGAAAACGGAAAUCAGACAAGAUGGAAGCCGUUUCCAGAACUUUAGAAAGAAAAAUAUCAGUCCGAGCCAAUAGAGACGAUUUAGUAAUGAAAGGAAUUCUUUUACCAGAAAGCCCGAUGACUCCCCCAAAAUCCGACCUAGAAGAACCUCCAUUCCCUCCGAGCGCCGCCCAACAAGUACCGAGCGGCGACGGCGGUAAUAUAUCUACAGGCAACGGCGGCGGUAAUUUAACCCCGCAAUCGAAUCAAAUCAGUACCGGCACGUUACCCCAACCGCCUCCUUAUCCCGUAGUACCGCCGUCAAUAGCUCAAAUGAUGCCCAUGAAUUACAAUCUCCUCCAGCAACAGCUACUGCAGAAUCCUCAAUUUGCACAGGCCAGCGCCAACGCCAAUAGUAUUAGUAAUACCGAGCCGAAAAAAGAUAAGACUGAUGGAGCGGCACACAACGGCGCUCUUUCUCCAAACGGAGAAACGCAUUCGCACGUAACGCAACCACCCGGAAUGGAAAAUAUGGGCGGGAAACUCGAAAGGCCGAACACGCUGGGACACGGCAAAUUAACCAGGAGAUUGUUGUGUUAUCACAGCGAACACUUUGCAGAUUCGCAAUGUAUGCAACCGAAUAACACGCCGCCGCCUCAAGAAAAACAUCUCCACAAUAUCCCGCCACCGCAUUUACCCGUUGGCGGGGUACCGGGAUUUAUGUUGUCCGAAUUACCCGAACCGCCCAUUCCCGUUUCCGAAAUUGGUCCGAUUCCGCCGCCGCCUAUGUUCAGUUCUCCCAGUCCCGUACCCAAUAGAUUAUCGCCGCCACCCAAUCAUCACAAUUACGAUUACGAUGAAAACGAAGACGAAGAAGAAGAUGACGAUGGUGAAUACGACGUCGAUCAAUAUUUCAGAAUGCCCCAACCGGACCCGUCGAUCGACACCAGUCGAAUCGACGAGAUACCGGCCAAGGAACCAAAAUUCCACGCGAUGCCUCUCAAAUCAGCACUGAAAAAAAAAUCGAAUAGCGGACCAGCGACUCCGCAAAUUACUCCGACUCAAGAAAAUAGACCGUUGACGAUGAGACAACAAGAAUACAAUUCUAGUUUCAAAAGGUCGAAUUUGAGACCUAGGAUCAGAAUCUGCAGCAACAAACCGGUCACGUUCGGUCUACCACCUUCGGUCGAAAACAAAGAAAACGCUCGACCACUCGUCAUAAGAGAAGACGAAAGCGAUAGCGAUUCGAACGACGGUCCGAUUCCUUAUCGCGACGACGAUUCCACGUCGGUGGAAAAACGCCUUGCGCUCAAAAUGGCUAGAAAAGAAAGUUUAUCUAUCAAAUUGGCGCUCAGACCGGAUCGACAGGAACUCAUCAACAGAAACAUCUUGCAAAUCCAAUCGGAUAAUGAAAGACAAGAGGCCAAAGAAGCCAUCGGAGCCAGAUUGAUCAGGAGACUCAGUAUGAGACCGACGCAAGAAGAAUUAGAAGAAAGGAACAUAUUAAAAAAACAAAGUCCGGCGGAAGAGAAGAAACAAAAAGAAGAAAAGAAACGUUUCCUUUUACGUAAAUUGAGUUUUAGACCGACCGUGGAGGAAUUGAAAGAGAAAAAAAUAAUCAGAUUCAACGAUUACAUCGAAGUGACUCAAGCUCACGAUUACGAUCGAAGAGCCGAUAAACCUUGGACUAGAUUAACACCUAAAGAUAAAGCGGCCAUCAGGAAGGAAUUGAACGAAUUCAAAAGCUCCGAAAUGUCGGUACACGAAAACAGUCGACAUUUGACCAGAUUCCAUAGGCCUUGACAAUUGCAAGGCGAAUUAGAAGAAAAGAAAAUUACUGUGAUGGGCGUAGUUGUAGUAAUAAUUCCCAUAAUCGCUUAUUAUUAAUUGGAUAAAUUGCAAAAAAAUGGAAAAAAAAAAUAAUAGGAGGACUCAUGUUAGAAUCAUUAAAAAAAUCGUGUAGGUUGUUUUUGUACAUAAGUGAUUUUUUAUUACGCAAUGUUUUUAUUAUUAAUUAUCAAAUUAUCGAUUUGUAUAUUAUUUCACUUCUUUUUUUCGUUCACUGUUAAAGGACACUGUAUAUACAUGGCGCAAUUAAAGUAAUACAUCACAAUAAUUAGAGAUCCACGGCUGACGUCUAAUAAUCUUUAUUUAUAAUCACACACUGUAUAUUCAAGUAUUUAAUUUUAGUGUGGUUGAAAAUUUUUUCUCUCUAAUAAUUAGAUAUUAAUCGAAAAUAAUGUUCGGUAUACCCUCGUAUAAAAUCCUGGUUUAAUGUCUUGAGAUCAUUGAUUAGUUAUGAAAAUUUUAUGUUUUCUUAAAAAAAACCAAAUUUGAAAAUGACGUUAAAUUGUUUGUAUUUUACUUAUAGAAGUUCAAAUGUACUUUCGAUUAAAAUCUUUGUUAGCAAGAUAUUGUACGUUUGGCAAAGGUUAUUUUUUUUAAUUCUCGUUUUAUUCACCACAUUUUUCACCAAAUUUUUAAUUUCCAUAGAAAUUAAAUGAAAAAGAGUCUAAAUUACUAUUUUUUGAAAAAUUGAAAUUCGGGAUGGUUCCGUUAAAAUUUUAUGUAUCUAAUAUGAAAUUGAUCAAAAAUACAGAAUUUUCUUUGUAAUUUUCGGUAUACCCUCAUAUAAAAACUCGAUUUAAAGCCUUGAAAUCAUCGAUUAGUGAUAAAAAUAUUUUUUUUUUAACAAAAAACUAAUUUUUUUUAGAAGUUUUUAUAAUAAUUUUCACAUAACGAUCAAAACAUUUAAAUUUGACUUUUAAAAUAGAAAACUUCCUGUAGAAAAACAUUUUAUAUGGAAAUUAUUCUCUUUUUCAUAUCAUUUUCCCUAAAUUCGGUCAAAAUUUCCAAAAUUAACCAUCACCGUAUCCAAUACCUCAAUAUGAUAUUACUUGUUGUACGUCCCUCGUAUUUUUUGUUUUAAUUACAAUUUUUUUUUAUUAGAAAAAUGUCAGUUGGAGAUCUAAUUAACCAUAUUAAAGAUACAUUUGUUCAACAUUUUCUAAUACAACUUUAAAUUGUUGUUUUACUCGUAGUAGUUCAAAUGUACCUUCGAUUAAAAUCCUUGUUAGGAUGAUAUUGUGAGUUUGGCAACGGUUAUUUUUUCUAAAUCUCGUUCUAUUCACCAUAUUUUUCACUAAAUUUUUUUUCAUAGAAAAUUUGAUGAAAAAAAGAGUCUAAAUCACUAAAAAUCAAAAA